AUGGUGUUGCACUCAAACACGCACUGCUCGACUUGUGCUGCUCGUUUCAACCUCGCACACGCUGUUGCUCUUUGCCGUCGUGGAUCUCGCCGAGGAGGUGGCUGUGGAGGUCGCGUUGCUCGAGACAGUACUGUACAUGGCCGUGCUGCUCGAGGGCGCGCUGCUGAUCGCCCGCGACAUCCUGCUAGACAAGAUGCACUAGAGGCCACGGUGGUGGGCAAUGCAGUUGCGCGGCAGGUCACGCCCGAGCAGGCCGUCGUGCUGUUGGAGCCGCUCGUACUGGCCGUCAGAGACCUCGUCCCGGGCCGCGUGGCAUUGAAUGCCCCUGUCGUGUCCGCCAGCGUCAUGCCGCUGCUCACCGCGGUGCUGGCCAGCCGUGGUGCUGCUCGACUGUGUCGCACACGAACUCGUACUGCUCGUCGUUGCGCUGCUCGUCUCGACUCCGCUCACGCUGCUGCUGCGUGCCGACGUGGGGCCCGUCGUAGAAGUGGCUGUGGACGUCCAUGCUCGAGGCCGUACGGGUUGUGACCGUGCUGCUCGAGGUCUCACUGCUGGUCGUCUGAGACGUACUGCAAGACAACGGUGCACUAGAAGUCCAGGUGGUGGACGAUGAAAUUGUGUUGCUGGUCACGCUCGAACUAACCGUCGUGCUGCUGGUGCCGCUCGUACUAGUCGUUGCCGUACUCGUCUCGGUCACAAGGUAUGGAAUGACCUUGACGUAUCCGUCAGCGUCGUGUCGCUGCUCACCACAGUGC